AUAGGGUAGGAAUCUGCACUAUCAAAAUAAAAAUGAAUUGAAUUGAAUUAACAUUGAAAAUAGAAUAAUGAAGGGUUUCCUAUGUCAUACCAAUGGGGUGAAGUUUACAUUUGUGAUGCCGACUUUACCGAAGAAAUGACUGGAGAAAAAUCAUUUUACCAAUCAGCAUUGGCCACUCUGAGUUUUACCAAUUCGUGAUGUCCUCCCCACCCCCUGAUAAAGGCUGUUCCUCCAAAGUGGCCUGUUAAUGAAUUACUUUCACUCAUGAUUUUCCUGAUGAUCAUAACACCAAAAUGCCUGCUAGGAUAAGGGUUUGUUAUUUAGAAUUAGAGAUUGCUGUUGGUUCCAGAAAAAAACUGGCAAGUGAAAGAAUCCAUCUAGAUAUCUUUGUCAGGACUUGGUGGAUGUUGUUUUUCAAAGAGACUAGUCACUUCACUGAAGACCCUUACUUCCUGACAUAUCUUGCAUUCUACUCAUUUAGCAGAAAGGUGUGACUUGUGGCUUUGCUGUUCCUUUGCAGUUCACAAGAACACUCACUACUAUACUUAUUCAGCCAAGUCAAUCAAACAAUGUCUAUGAAUACUGGACAUUAGAGGGCAGAAAUGUAAUUCUCAGGCUGAUUUAUAGCAUCUGAAAACAAAGAUUUGUUUUUGCUGGGUUAGUGUUGUGUAUUUGUUCAGUUUGUUCUGAUGUCCAGUUAUGUGUAUAAGACAGUGAACUAAUGCAACUUUACAGCAUGAAGAUCUGAGCAUUUUUGCUUUGAGUGAGAGAUUCAACAUAUCAGGCUGCACCUACAUAUUUCUGGCUAUCGUUAAUCUUUUAACUUCUGUUAAAGUGUGGCAUCAUCAUAGUCACUCCUCCUAACCUGAUGUUUUAUCUAGAAAGGACGCAGUGAAUGAAGUUGGGGUAUAGGUACUACAAAAAAAGCCAUUCUGAAUGAGACAGUUUAACUCUGCAUAAAACACGGUGCAUUUUUUUCUCUUCAUUUUUGUAAUCUAAACAGCAGCCACAGAGAUACAGUAAAUGCAGUAAAAAAGUGUUUUACAACAGGUUGAAUCACAACAAAAAAAAUAUUAAACAUACAGCUGCAUUAAAAGCAACUUAAAAAUGUUUGUAUGCUAUGAAUAUGUAAUGCCUGCUGAUGCAGCACAAAACAAUGGUAACAGUUCAGCUCUUAAGACAGCUUGUGGUGGCCAGAGGGACACGACUGUGUAAGCGAGCAGAGAUGCAUAUCCUCCACCCACACAUCCAGCAGACACACUCUCACAACGUAGACAGCGCUGUGCAAACACGUGAGGAAACUUGAAUACUGUCGCUGAGUCCUCAUUUGUUUAGUUGUGCCAUCGUCCUCGUGUUCAUCUAAAGUGUCUCUGUUAAAGAAUGCCUCGUCUUACUGGAACUGCAGUGCUGCUUCUGCUGAUUUUCUUUCUAACAUCUGCUGAGGACAUACCUGUCGUGGAGGUUCUUUACCCACAGCAGAUCUUAACUCCUGCAAGGGGCUCCUCGGUCAAAUUAUCCUGUGAGACAAAUUAUGACUACAAGAAGUGUGGUCUGCUGCAUGUUGUGUGGCAUAACACAUCAUCACAGAACGAUGACAAAAUAACUGAGCUGACUGACCCCAAGAAGUACCUCACUGCAGUGAACGAGACGGUCAAUGAAGGCAACAGAAGACGCAGGCAGGUGGUGACAGAGAUUCUCAAUCUGAGGCCAAAAGAUAACGGUCGAUAUCAGUGCCAGGCCAAAUGUAGCAAUGGAGAGGAAGCAAGAGGACAUUUCAUCACGAUCACUGUCAGAGGAGGUAGACACUUUGACUGAGUUGGCUCCACUCACACGGGAUGAAAGAAGUUGGGCACAUCGGUCUAUAUGUUCCAAAAACUUUUUAAGACAAACCUCACAUUUGCUCUGUAUUAAGUGAAUUGAGAAAACAAAGAUUGUGUUACAAUUUUAUUGUCUUCGGAUGUUUCAUUAUGUGGUGUAACUGCUUUAGUGGCACAGCAAAUUAAAAGUUUACAAUAUGA